AUGAGGUUGAGCAACCUCGACGUGUACACCAGCCACAACCACAAGCAGCAGCGACGAGUGUCCACAGACAACUGCGUGAGGCCAGCAGCAAUGGAAAGACAGCCCGGUCGUGUGAUGGAGGCGGCGGCAGCAGCCGCUGAGGAGCAGCAGUCUCGCGAGGGCCGAGAUCUGCCAGGGCCGUCUCGUGAGGGCAGGGACCCGCCCGCCGGGCAGCAGGAGACGAGCCAAGGCAUGGAGCCUGAACUGUCAGAGCUGCCGAGUCCCCCUCAGCAGGAGGCGGACGUGGAUCUGAGGGAGGCUGUGCCGCAGCGCAGCUCCUCGGCUCCGUCGCUGCGCUCCCAGGAGGGGGCCCUGCUGCCCCCGCUGGACUCGCUGCCACCAGGCGGAGCCGCCCUCUCCCGCCGCAGCAGUCUGGUGACGGUGAGCAGCAUGAGCAACUACACCCAGUCGUCGGAUCAAAUGGAGACCUCGAAUGAGCAGACGUUCAGCAGCGAGGACGCGUUCGUCGGUGCCAGCAGCAGUCAGUCACCAAUGGAAAGCGGAGCGGAGCUGGAGGGACUGCCUGCCUCAGCUGCUCAGUCUGUCGCGCUGGAGAAGGCUGGCACCAGUGGGCUGGAGCGAGGGAUCCCGCCGGAUGAAGCUUCUUCAGAAGAGCAGGAGGAGCCCCCACGAAAGAAGUUUGCGUCGCUGGCGCACUUCCUGCAGCAGGGAGACGGCGCGAGCACCUCCAGCCAGCAGCAGGAGGGGGAGGGGGGACAUCCACUGCCGGACGGCUCCAGGAAGAGACAGUUUGACUACCCUGUACGUAUCCUGGUCUUAGAUACAAUUCUCCACUUUGGCAGUGACGAGCUCGGUCUUCUGCACAGGGCCCACGCCGAGGAGAGCCUCUUGCAGGACGCAGUGAAGAAGCGCCUCCUGCAGACCGGGCGCCCGCUGCUGGGGCGGCAGCUGUCCACCCCGGAGAGCUGCUGCAGCCCGGCCAGCGAGGGGCAGGAGGGCACCGACGACGACGCCAGCUGGCGCGACGUGUCUGUCCAGGAGGAGUCGUCGGGGGACACGCGCGACGUGAGGGGCCGCCUCAAAGCGCUGAAGCUCGCCUCGCCCGCGCCGCAGCCGAGCGACGCGCAGGCCGACCCGGCCGCCCCAGGCGUCGGCGGCGGCGACGACGCCGGGCCAGCCACCAGCGGCCCUCCUCAGGACGACAGCAUGGAAGAUUCCAGCCCUGCCAUAGCUGAAGGCCACAGCUCCCAGGACGUGGCGCCUGACCUGGAGUCUUAUCAAGAGGUCAGCGAGAUAGAGGAGGAGGAGGCGCCGGUCAGCCCGUUCUCUGAUCAGGAGGCAGCCAGGGCCGAGUGUGUGGGCGUCCCCUCGGGCUCUGGCACAGCAGUCUCCGGGACAGCCUUCGGCGAAAUGUCGCCAGGCAGAGGGAUGCCGGCAGAGCCACCUAAAGAGCAACAGGAAUCGUCUGAGCAUCCAGUGUGGCAAGAGCCAGGUCAGGGGACAAGCCAGGGUCAAGAGGUGGGCCCAGCUGCUUGCACACUGGAGCCUCCAACUCCGCUGGGCGAGCAGCAGGCAGGAGGGCGGGCCGGGGCAGCGCUGGCGGAGGACAGCGACCAGCGAGUGCCAGAGGUUGACGUACCACUGGGGCAGGACUCGCCCGGGGCGGAGCGGAAUCCGGCUGCGAAGCGCAAGAGCACAGACAGCCCGCACGAGCUGACCCCGACCAAGAGGGGCCCAGACAACCGUGUGAGGCCAGCAGCAAUGGAAGGACAGCAGAGUCGUGUGAUGGAGGCGGCGGCAGCAGCCGCUGAGCAGCAGCAGCCUCGCGAGGGCCGAGAUCUGCCUGGGCCGUCUCGUGAAGGCACGGACCCGGCCGCCGUGACGCAGGAGGAGGCGCAGAUGGUCACUGAGGCGGGCCCAGCUGCCAGUGCAACUGACAGCGACGACACGACGACGACGCCGCCAUCAUCGUUGAUACCGCCAGAAGAGCGGGGGACGUCCUCCGCCGGCCGCGAUAUGCCGGAGCUGGAGUUUACUGCGGUACGUGGCGGUUAA